UUAGGAUAAGUGACGGCUUCAAAUCAACUGUAAUUUCGUAAUACUUUAAAUUUAUUUUAUUGUAUCGUAACACCGUUACAAAAUGAUAUGGAUACUUUCAAUGCCGAUUAUUAGUGAAUGCAUCACCCGCAAUGCAUCAUGGGAGCUGUCACUCACAAGGCAGCCAUGGCAACAUAUGGCGGCGAGCAGGAGACGGCGGAAAGCUCAACUUUUGUCUUUUCCCACUGGAACUUUUCGCCGUUUUUAUCUCUUAUAUAAUUAUUUUAUAUUUUACUCUUCUUUGUAAUGUUGACCCUACUCUGCAUGGAUUGACAUUACGGAUAUUACAUCGCUCGUUAUUUUGGAGCGCCGAUUAAGCAACUGAUUUUUUAAAAACACAAAAAAACAAAAACAAGCACAAAACCGAAAAAUCGCGUUGGUGAUUACGAAACCGCCAUGUGUGCGAUUCUACGAAAUUACGAAAGUUGACCGGAUCCAAGUGAUUCCUUCCUUCCUUCCCCUGCCGUCAUGUCCGCGGGGAAAGAGCCUGCGGACGCGGGUGGGAGCAGCCUGCUGCGAGGCGGCCGGAGCAGCAGGUCCUACGGCAGCCUGGUCCGGUCCAAUCUAUCCCCGGUCCGACGAAGACAUAUCGAACAUCCCAUCAAGCCCGGCGAAACCCUCCAAGGCCUCGCCCUGAAAUACGGAGUCACUACGGAGCAAAUCAAACGAGUCAACCGUCUGUACACCAACGACUCCAUCUUCCUAAAGAGGUCCUUGUCCAUCCCCGUGUCGUCGCACUCAGAUGCUCACAACGCUGCAACCGACGCUGACAACGAAGAGGAGGAGGAUGGCGAUGACAAAGAUGCGCGUUUGGGCGACCGGGUUUUCCGGACCGAUAACGGCCCGACGGCGAGCCCCUCUUGCGCCACCACAGAAUUGACGGCCGGGGAUUUCUUCAGCCGAUUGGACAGCGUUAUCAGCGAGUCCAAGCGGGCAGCCGCCAGGACAUGGCAGGAUGCGGAGAAGAGGCUAGCCGAUCUGGAGACGAUUUGCUCUAGCAGGCUGAGCGAGCGUCCGCGGUCACCUUCGGGCAGGCGUCAGCGGGCGCCGCCAUCCGCCGCCGCGGUUCCACCCACCACCACCAAGCUGACAAUGAAGCUGAGGGAGCGAGAGGAUGACAUGUUUGAGCUGUGAAGCGACAACACUAACAUGGUGUGUGACACUGAACCCCGGGUAUGCUUUGAAAUACAUUUUGAACACUAUUUCAUCUCGAUGUGGUGCUGCAUAUGGACUGCGUGUGACGUGUCACAUGGAGGCAAGUCACAUGUUGGCGGUCAGGUGACGCGUGUGAAGCGGCCUCCCAGGCCCAACUCGCAACAGCAGGCAAUAUUGUUCCCCGCUUAUUAACUUAUGCACUGAAUGAAGCUUAUUUCUUACAGGACACUGGAGGUAUGAUUUCAUGAUAAUUGGCAUAAUCGUGUUGAGAGGAAGGUCAUGUAGAGUUUAUUAAAUAUUUGAUAUUUGAAAAGUG